GAUAACAGGUGACAUCGACGCUAUUGAACGAGGGUUAGAGAAAGGACAACUUCGAUCUGUGUUGAAGAACUUGGAACUGUAGAGGGCAGCGUUGCACCUCUCAGUGUACAGACUACCGGAACUUACUGGGUGAAGAAGGCGAACGUCGGACUCCUCUUGAGAAACGUGAAAGUGUUUCAGAGCAUGAAGAGCAUCGAGUCACUAAAAACAAAGCAACAACAAAGAGGGAGGUACUAUUUAAAAGCCCUUAUUUGCUAACAGCUAAAUCACCCUGUUAAAAACAACUUUGUGUAGAUUUGUGUAGACUAGUGUGACGUCACAGCGAGCAGCCCUCUGUCAGGUUAGUUGAACUCUGUGCACUGACUUUUACCCGAGUCAUUACAACGUUUCAUAAGCACUAAUCACCACUAAUACUAAAGCUGAGUGCAGUGAGGGGAGAAGAUGACCUCCAAGAAGACGAUCAACUUUUUCUACGACGUGGUCUCUCCAUAUUCAUGGCUUGCCUUUGAGGUCAUGUGCCGAUACAGAAACGUGUGGGACGUGGAGGUCAAACUGCGCCCUGCUUUCCUGGGUGGCAUCAUGCAGAAAUCAGGCAACAAGCCUCCAGGCCUGGUUCCAAACAAGUUCCUGUACAUGACAAAGGAUCUGCAGCGCUUGGCACAGUAUGUGGAUGUUCCUCUGAGUCCCCCCGAUGACCCCUUCGAGGCCAUGUUCCAAAAAGGCUCGUUGGCUGCGAUGCGAUUUGUGACAGCUGUACAAGAGAGGGAAAAGGAUGGAGACAGACAGGUGGAGCAGGUGUCCCGGGAACUGUGGAGAAGAAUCUGGAGUGAGAACAAAGACAUCACCGAACCUGCAUCACUGUCCGAGGCAGCAAAGAAGGCAGGUCUGUCUGACAGUGAAAUUAAAGAGGUGCUGGAGCUGUGCACCACACAGCACAUCAAAGACAAGCUGAUAAACACAACCCAGGAAGCUCUCGACGUUGGGGCGUUUGGCCUCCCCAUGUUCAUGUAUCGUGUUAAUGGAAAUGCAGAGAUAUUCUUUGGAUCGGACAGAUUUGAGCUCAUGGCUCACUGCAUUGGAGAGAAGUGGCUGGGACCUCAGCCGCACAAAUCAACGUCCAAAAUGUGAAGACUGCCCUCAAAUGUGUGCUCAAUGUAAUGAUAGAUUUGAUUCUUACUAGUGUUUUAAAAUUCAAAUGUGCCUUCUCAAGCUAAGCAGCAGAUUUCCAGUAAACCUGAAUAACAAAUAAUGUUUAAUAAUACGUGCUAAUUAAAAAGGUCUCUAAAUAACACAAA